AUGGGUUGCGGUCCAAGUUCUCCCUCUAAAAGCGAAGGCGGAAAGAAGCCUUCCCAUACAAACUUCGAAAUGCACAACCUGAACCCUCUAAGCUACACACCUGACUCAGCAGAGAGCCAGAUUCGCAGCUAUGUUGUCACCAAGGUCCACUUCGUGGCGCAUUCUGUCUUGCGCAACGGAGGAAAUCAUUGGGAUAUCUUCCUGCAGUGUGGCCCUGACCUCUCUGUCAGGCUGGAGAUAGUGCCUGGUGCAUAUCCAGGCCGCGAGGGUUACCUAGCUCGCCUUGACAUUAUCCGUCACCCUUACGGGAUGACACGUGUCUCGCACAAAACUGUUAGCAUCUCACCGCAGGCUCCUGGUCUUACGGUAGGCGAGUUCCUAGAUGCCAUUGUACGGGCAGAUAACCACCGUUAUGAGUUCACCAAGGACGGCAGGGGUUGUGGCGGCUGGGUUCGAGAUCAAUUUUACCUUUUUGUCCAAUGUGGCUUGAUUCCUACUGGGUGGGAAGCGCGGAUAGAGGCCGCGAUGACGGUUUUUUGGAACGAGAAUCGGUCUCAGGGAGCUUGGCCGUUGACCUAUGGCACUUAUUUGAGAACAAGAAAUACUGGUCGCAAGGGAAAAGGAAAGCAGAAGAGGGGCAAGAAAUAG